AUGGUACAUAAAGAAUUUGGAGAUAUCUUCAAGAGAUUUGUCUAAAUUCCCAUUCUGAAAAAUACAUUUGCAGAACACUUCUAUUCAGCAUUUUAAUUCCUUCCAGGACACGCAUUAGAAAGAAAUUCAAACCAUUUGGUUUUGAGAUAUAAGGUACCAUAAACCAUAAUGAAUAUGAAUGGGUCAGUUCAUGGAGGAGCAUUAGCUACUAUUUUAGAUUGUGCAACAACUAUCGCUAUUUUAAGAGGAGAUAAAAAUCUCUCAAGGACAGUGAGUAUUGAAUUGGGUUUAUCAUUUAUAAGUCCUGCAAAAUUAAAUGAUUCUUUGUUAGUGCAUGCAGUUUGUCAAAAAGUAGGCAGAAAUGUAGCCUAUUCAGUCUGCGAUAUUUACGAGGAACACAACAUGAAAUUAGUAACAACAGGGAGACACAUAAAAGCAGUUUUACCUGGAACAUUUUUUGAUUCAGAUUUCAAAAAAAUUUCAUGA